AAAUGUGUGAAUGGAGGUGGCGUGAAAGUCUUGUGUUGUUUGUGGUUGAUGCUUUAUAAGCAACAACAACAACAAAAACUCCUACAACUUUUAACUGUAUUUUUAGUAACUUAUUUUGUUCAUUGGCAAUGUUGCUAGUUUCCCCCUAAACGGACGCCGACCCGGGCCAGCGGGCACCACCCGGUCGCCGGUGUCGGAGCGCGCUCGCCGGGGUGAGAAGCCGCCACGAGUGGGGUCGGACCGGAGCGCCUCACCUCCCGGGAGAGGACAAAGCAGAUGAAAACCCCCCGCAGGAGCUAAGACUCCAGCCAUGAUCACCAUGUUUUUCCCAGUGAAGAAACUGCGACGUAAUGGCAAAUAUGUUCUUUUUGGAGCCGUGCUGCUGCUGGGAGUCCUGGCCGUCUACCACGAGAUGAUUGCGGCCAAAGCGUGGACUGAUGGCACCGGCGGUACAAAUCCAGAUGACGGCAGCAGCUGGAAGGCAGCCACGCUUGACCAAAGGGUGAGGGUGGGACAUUCACUUGAGGAUUCUAAUGCAGGAUUUCUACCACAGUCAUGGAUACCACAGUUUAAAGGCCAGGCCAACUUGCACGUCUUUGAGGACUGGUGCGGCAGCUCCACGGCUGGACUUCGCCACAACCUGCACUACCCUCUGUACCCACACUCCAGGACUACAGUGCGCAAGCUGGCUGUGUCCCCUCAGUGGACCAACUACGGGCUCCGCAUCUUUGGUUAUAUACAUCCUUACACUGAUGGUGAGUUUGUGUUCGCCUUGAGCUCUGACGACACCUCGGAAUUCUGGCUCAGCACGGACGACUCUCCCUCGCGCGUGGCGCUUCUCGCAUGGGUAGGAAAGACUGGAUCUGAGUGGACAGCCCCGGGCGAGUUUGAAAAGUAUGCCAGUCAGAUCUCCAAACCGACCCGGCUCUCUGCUCAGAGGAGGUACUUCUUUGAAGUCAUCCACAAGCAGAAUGACAAAGGCAGCGACCAUGUGGAGGUGGCGUGGAAGCUGCUGGAUGAAAAGUUCCGGUUUCUGGUGAUUGACUCCAAGUAUAUUUCCCUCUAUGUCAACGAGUCGGCGUUGCUAAUGAGCCAUGUCGCGCACAUACCGCAGACACCUGCGAGCCACCGGCGGCCCCCGCCCAGCCAGCACAGCGCCGCUGCAGACAUGCUGAAGGAAGACCCGCGAGACGCCCUCCACCAAGUGCCUUUGAUGGAGGAGGAACUCCUGCAAGGCGUUCUGCCCGACUGCUUGUACAAGCCCAGCUACACCAUCAAAGACUUUCCACUCACUCGCUACCAAGGCCUGCAGUUUGUGCACAUGUCCUACAUAUAUCCUAAGGACUACACUCGCCUCACACACAUGGAGGAAGAGAACAGCUGCUUCUACCCAGAGAACCCCAGCUACAUGAAACUGUUUGGUUUCUCAAGGUACAUGAGACUCGACACACCUGAUGCAUUUGAGAAGGACACAGCCGGCGAUUACAGCUUCCAAAGGAGGAAGUCGGUUCUGGAAGACGACGACGACGACGUUUUUGGCAAUGACGCGUAUCCAAGAGACAAAGCGGCUCGUCGGAGGGACACCAAUCCGCUCUCGGACUACGGCGACGAUUACGACGAUUACGUCUCCAAACGAAGGCGCAAACUUUUCUCUUUGGGUAAGGCCAACGACGCCUUGGAGCGCUCAGCCAAAGUUGGCGUGGAGAGCACGACGGGCGGAGACGUUGCCCAGCCUCGCCACUUGGCCAGCUCCGAAGUGUACAGGCAAGAGAGACCACCACGAGUGAAAGCCAAGGGGCCGGGUAAAGAAGUAGUGCAACCAAAAGGAAAGCUAAAACCAGCUAAAAGAGUAAAGCCUCAACAAAUCAUUAAAAGACAGAAGCCGGAAACAGAGAAAAACUACAAAAGGGGGUCGGAUAAAAUGACUGAAAGCCACAUUGGGACAGUUACAAAGACCAAAGAAGUGGUUGGUGAAAGUCUCACUCGCACUACAGUUAGCCAGCAGCUCUUCCAACAAGCAAACAACAAGUCCUCCUUAUUGGCAGCCAAGCCGAGGGACACGGACCGCAGACGGAACUUCAUGGACAAAGAGCUGGAGAUGAACAUGCAUCUACUGCAGGACAUAGAGGACAACAUUCGCAGAGCUAAAGUCUUGGCUGCAGACCAGAAGUGGUCAGGUCUGGAUGUCAAGGGAGGGCGAGUGGAAGCGGAACUUCACGAGCAGGACCGACGCAGGAGAGAGAUGGAGGUGGACGAUCUAUGGGGACCAGGGGGAGACUUCGAAGGGUUCGACGACGAGGACGUCACGCCGGCGCCGGUGUUUGACGCCGAGGUCGACUGGAGCCAGACUUUCCAGGUCAACCACUUGGACCUGCAGGCCAUGCGCUCCGACUGGAUCGAUCUGCACUGCAACAUCUCGGGAAACCUGCUGCUCCACUCCAGCGACGCUCUGCCCGUAGUCCAGGCUUUUAUGGAGCAGCUCAACGAUAAGCAUGAGAAAGUCUUCACACUGGUGCGUGUGGUCAAUGUGGAGAAGCGCGUGGACGGCGUCCAGGGCAGCCGCUACCUGCUGGAGCUGGAGCUGAAAGACGACAAGGGUCGGCUGCUUCGCCUGUCGCACUACGUCUACGCCCUCAAUCGCCCCCGCACUCGACCGCGCGCCAAGGACUUCAGCUUCCGCCGACGGCCCGCGCCUGAAAUUCUGCUCUGCAACCCGGUCAGCUUCAGCUGGAACCCCCUGGCCACGGUCCAUUUCAUAGUGCCAGUGAAAAACCAGGCCCGCUGGGUGCAGCAGCUGAUCGACGACAUGGCCGACUUGUUCAAGGCGACGGGGGACAGCAAUUUUAAUGUCAUCAUCGUGGACUACAACAGCACCGACAUGGACGUGAGGACGGCUCUGCAGAAGUCCUCUCUGCCCAGGUACCAGUAUAUGAAGCUGAGCGGUAACUUUGAGCGAUCUGCAGGUCUGCAAGCAGGCAUCAACCUCAUAAACGACGACCACAGCAUCGUGUUUCUCUGCGACCUCCACAUCCACUUCCCUCCCUCCAUCAUCGAUUCCAUCCGGAAGCACUGUGUGGAGGGCUUCAUGGCCUUUGCCCCUAUCGUUUUGAGGCUGGACUGUGGGGCCACACCCUUUGAAGGCAGAGGUUACUGGGAAGUGAAUGGCUUUGGCUUACUGGGAAUCUAUAAGUCUGAUCUGGAAGCAGUGGGAGGAAUGAACACCAAGGAGUUCACCAACCGCUGGGGAGGAGAAGACUGGGAGCUACUCGACAGGAUCCUCCAGGGAGGAUUGGAGGUCGAGCGGAUCUUCUUACGCAACUUCUUCCACCAUUAUCACUCCAAACGUGGCAUGUGGAACCGCCGCAUGUCACCCGGACCAAGGUGACCCCCCCCCCCCCCUCUCGCCACACCCCCGCCCUCGCCCCCUCGACAUUCUAAAACCUUCAGAGCGACCAGAGGCACUUUAAAGUUGGAGCAAGUUUUGUGACUCCUGCUUCCUAAUUGUCAUGACUACUGAUCAGCAAGCAGACACACUGGCCACUCCAGAUCCUACCAGCUCGCAGUCAAGGUUGUUGCCAUGGAGAUGGUACUGAUAACAUCAGUGUUGUUUCCACUGGAGGUACUGCUGACUCAAAAAGAGAGUACUAAAUGAAGAUAGGGUAUGUCACUGCGGCUGCAAGGACCUGGCCUCAUUGAGGACACACCGGUGACGUGCCUUAUUAUGCAUUGCACAUUAGUCUUCACUGGAAAAAAGAUUGUUUUGAUGUAAAUGUGUGUGUUUGAGCAGUGUAUGCCGUGGUGUAAAUUAAGAAAAACUUAACUUAUUAUGACUAACUAAUAAUUAUUGUCUCUGUCAAGUCAUGUCAUCAUCAAUCUUGUAAUGUGCCUUUUUUCUCUGCAGAAAUAUACACACGUAAUAAUGAUAAUAACAAUGCAAAUGUCAUAUUUUUUUUACCAAACAGACAUUUAAUGUAAUAUUAUAUCUGUUAAUCAAUUUCAGAUAUAUCUGUCAAUAUGAAGCUUUUUUUUUAAUUCAAGAAAACCCUUUUUUUAUGGCAAACACACAAAAUAUGCAAUAUUUUCCCCUGAAAUAUUUCCAAAGUGUAAUAUUUGAUGUAAAGUAAACAAAGCCUUAAAUAAGUCAAUAAUUAUUAACACUAUUUAUUUUGAUUCCUUAUUAUUUGAGCAAUGACAGUUUAAAAAAAUAAUAAUUCAACUAAAGUUAUUGGGGAUCCAAAAGGGUCCCACUCAUAAAAGUGUUAAAAAUACAAAGUGGAAUAUUUGAUGCUAAGUAAUUGUAGCCUUAAAUAUGUCAAUAAUUAAAUAAAAAAAGGAUUUUGAUUCAUUAUUUUUGGACAGUGACAGUUUAAAAAAAAAAAAUCCUCAUAAAGUUUUUGGGGAUCCAAAAAGCCCCCCACUCAUAAAAGUGUUAAAAAUUCAAAGUGGAAUAUUUGAUGCUAAGUAAUUGUAGCCUUAAAUAUGUCAAUAAUUAAAUUUUAAAAGAAGGAUUUGGAUUCAUUAUUUUUGAACAAUGACAGUUUAAAAAAAUCCCACUUAAGUUCUUAGGGAUCCAAAAGGGUACCGCUCAUAAAAGUGUUAAAAAUCCAAAGUGGAAUAUUUGAUGCUAAGUAAUUAUAGCCUUAAAUAUGUCAAUAAUUAAAUAAAAAAUGAUUUUGAUUCAUUAUUUUUUUAACAAUGACAGUUUAAAAAAAAAAUCCCACUAAAGUUCUUGGGGAUUCAAAAGGGUCCCACUCAUAAAAGUGUUAAAAAUCCAAAGUGGAAUAUUUGAUGCUAAGUAAUUGUAGCCUUAAAUAUGUCAAUAAUUAAAUAAAAAAUGAUUUUGAUUCAUUAUUUUUUUAACAAUGACAGUUUAAAAAAAAAAUCCCACUAAAGUUCUUGGGGAUCCAAAAGGGUCCCACUCAUAAAAGUGUUAAAAAUUCAAAGUGGAAUAUUUGAUGCUAAGUAAUUGUAGCCUUAAAUGUGUCAAUAAUUAAAUUUAAAAAAAGGAUUUAGAUUCAUUAUUUUUGAACAAUGACAGUUUAAAAAAAAAAAUCCUAAUAAAGUUUUUGGGGAUCCAAAAGGGUCCCACUCAUAAAAGUGUUAAAAAUUCAAAGUGGAAUAUUUGAUGCUAAGUAAUUGUAGCCUUAAAUAUGUCAAUAAUUAAAUUUAAAAAAAAGAUUUUGAUUCAUUAUUUUUGAACAAUGACAGUUUAAAAAAAUCCCACUAAAGUUCUUGGGGAUCCAAAAGGGUCCCACUCAUAAAAGUGUUAAAAAUCCAAAGUGGAAUAUUUGAUGCUAAGUAAUUGUAGCCUUAAAUAUGUCAAUAAUUCAAUAAAAAAAUGAUUUUGAGUCAUUAUUUUUGAACAAUGACAGAUUUAAAAAAAUCCCACUAAAGUUCUUGGGGAUCCAAAAGGGUCCCACUCAUAAAAGUGUUAAAAAUUCAAAGUGGAAUAUUUGAUGCUAAGUAAUUGUAGCCUUAAAUAUGUCAAUAAUUAAAUUUAAAAAAAAGAUUUUGAUUCAUUAUUUUUGAACAAUGACAGUUUAAAAAAAUCCCACUAAAGUUCUUGGGGAUCCAAAAGGGUCCCACUCAUAAAAGUGUUAAAAAUCCAAAGUGGAAUAUUUGAUGCUAAGUAAUUGUAGCCUUAAAUAUGUCAAUAAUUCAAUAAAAAAAUGAUUUUGAGUCAUUAUUUUUGAACAAUGACAGAUUAAAAAAAAUCCCACUAAAGUUCUUGGGGAUCCAAAAGGGUCCCACUCAUAAAAGUGUUAAAAAUCCAAAGUGGAAUAUUUGAUGCUAAGUAAUUGUAGCCUUAAAUGUGUCAAUAAUUAAAUAAAAAAAAAGGAUUUAGAUUCAUUAUUUUUGAACAAUGACAGUUUAAAAAAAAAAAAUCCUAAUAAAGUUUUUGGGGAUCCAAAAGGGUCCCACUCAUAAAAGUGUUAAAAAUCCAAAGUGGAAUAUUUGAUGCUAAGUAAUUGUAGCCUUAAAUAUGUCAAUAAUUAAAUAAAAAAUGAUUUUGAUUCAUUAUUUUUUUAACAAUGACAGUUUAAAAAAAAAAUCCCACUAAAGUUCUUGGGGAUCCAAAAGGGUCCCACUCAUAAAAGUGUUAAAAAUUCAAAGUGGAAUAUUUGAUGCUAAGUAAUUGUAGCCUUAAAUAUGUCAAUAAUUCAAUAAAAAAACGAUUUUGAGUCAUUAUUUUUGAACAAUGACAGUUUAAAAAAAAACCCACUAAAGUUCUUAGGGAUCCAAAAGGGUCCCACUCAUAAAAGUGUUAAAAAUAAGUCAUACAUUAUUUCUAUUGUUUUACUUUCAACGCUUAUAUAUUAAAUACGUCCUGUUUAUUAUACAGUUUUUGGCCCUGUGAUGAGGUGGCGACUUGUCCAGGGUGUACCCCGCCUACCGCCCGAAUGCAGCUGAGAUAGGCUCCAGCGACCCCAAAAGGAACAAGCGGUAGAAAAUGGAUGGAUGGAUGGAUAAUAUGUUCACCAAAGACCUCACCCCAAUCUGAUUUCAAUGAGUUCCACUGCAUGAGACAAUCAGACAGAGUGUGAGUCUGCAUGUUUUAAAUGUGAUGAAUGUUUUGUGUCUGCAGCUUUCUGAUCGUUAACAUCAACUUUCAAUGUGCUGCCCUGUCCAUUAUUUCAAUUUAUUGCUGCAGAUCUGCUCAAUUUUGUGUUGAUGCAUUCAAGCUUCUGUCUCCAUGUUUGUGGUUGGGACACGCAGUGCAGCUUUCAACUGUUUUAGUUGUAUUUUGUUUUUUCUGUUUAUAUAUAUACCUGUAUACCUCACUACUCCCAAUGCGGGGAGUUCAUCUCUGACGUUGAUAUGUUGCGUGACUCUCUCAGGGAUCGUUGUUAUUCCAUUCAAAUUACAAUGUCACAAUUCAGAAAUAAAUGUCUCCAAAGAUUGUCGCUUGGGUUUUAAGCACAUUGCAGAAGUUGCUUCCUAGCAGUUCCACUGUAGACACGGCACAGGAGCCAAGCGUGCAGUUUUAAAGUUUUAAUGUGUAUAGAUUUUUGUCAAAGUCUUUCUCCAGCAGAAUGUGACUUCUCAGUCACGUCCGUAUCCUCUCUCCCCUCCUGCUCUCGGCCGCCUACUGUUAAUAAAGACAAUAGAUGAUUAGAUUAACACGUUCCACCUGGGA